AUGGGGCACGCAGCCACUGGCAAGCGCAUCCUUCCUUAUGGGCCGCAGCGCCCGAGCACGGCCGGGGCCCCGGCUCCUGCUGCCGGCCCGUCCCGAGCCGCGGCAGCCGGCGGGGCCCGGCGGGACCGGCUCUGCCAGGGGCGGCGGGACUCGGGUGUCCCCGCAGGCGGGGCCUGGCUCUCGCGCGGGCUCUCGGAGCCCUCGGCCCUCAGGAGUGGGCAGAGCGGCUUCGGAGCGGCGCCCCCGGGGCCCGGGGCAGCUUCACCCGGCCCUGAGCGCACUGCGGUACCACGGGCGCAUGAGGAACAGACCCGAGAGAACCCAAGGUUAUCAGACGGAGGGCCACGCCAGACACGGUGUGUCCGCGCUCCGCGGGCCCCGCCAGCCCCCGCCCGGGAGCGGCCCCGGCCCGGCGAGCGGGAACAGGGCCCGUCCCGCCGCACGCGGGGCCGGGAAUGGAGGCGGGAGAGCCCCCGCCGGCCCGCCCCGCCGCACCCGCCCCCGCGCGGCAGAGCAGAUCAGGCCCGGCCCGGCCUGGCCCAGCCGUACCGGAGCGCGCGCGGGGCCGAGCCCGCGUCGCCAUUGGCCGUCGCGCCCGCCGGCUUUGAAUGGGGGGAGCCGGGCGCGCCGCGAUUGGCCCGCGCCCCUCGCGCCUGGGGUCACGUGAGGCGCGACGCGGGGAGGGAACCGGAAGUUCCUCUCACGCCGUAA